GUUCCAACUGCAUUUGGACUGCUCCAGACUGGGGGAAGUUCUUCUCCAAUUGUCUCAUUUGAAAAGGACGAAGAAAUCAACCCCUCCCUCUCUCCUUUUCUUCCCUCCCUCCCUCCACUCGUCCUCUCUCUCUCCCUCUCUGUUCUUCUCUCCAUCCCCUCCCCCCGUGACAGAGCACACCUGCCUGAUCUUGGCUGCAGGCAUCCACACAGUGAUCAGCCUUCGGCCUGCCACGCUGUACAUCAGCUCCAGCCCUCUCUGGAUUUGCGGGUCUUUGUCUGCAGCUCUACACGCUCCUGUACGUGCAGCCUCCAGGCCUCCAUCAGCAACAUGAAAUCGGCCUGUCUCUCCCUGCUUUUGGUGUCUGUAUGCUGGGCUCUGCCCUUCCGUCAGUCUGGCUUUAUGGACUUCAUGAUGGAGGACGAACCGGGCUCAGGUUCACCCAUGCCUCCGACUCGUAAACCACCCAUUCAGACGCCUCCUGUGCUACCCGAGGAACCUGAUGGACCUUUCUGCCCCUUCCGGUGCCAGUGUCAUCUGCGAGUGGCCCAGUGUUCUGACCUAGGUCUGAAGAACGUUCCAGAAAAAAUUCCACUUGAUACCACUCUCCUGGAUUUGCAGAACAACAAGAUCUCAGAGAUCAAAGAAAACGACUUCAAAGGCCUCAAGGGUCUCCAAACACUCAUCCUGGUCAACAAUAAGAUCACCAUGAUUCAUGCCAAGGCCUUUUCUGCUCUGAUCAAUCUGGAGAGACUGUACUUGUCCAAGAACCUCCUGAAGGAUGUUCCUGCUAACAUACCGAAAAGCCUCCAGGAGCUGCGUAUUCACGAGAACCAGAUUAACAAGAUAAAGAAGUCCUCAUUUGCCGGCAUGGCCAAUGUCAUCGUCAUGGAGCUGGGCUCGAACCCUCUGAGUAGCUCUGGAGUUGAUAAUGGUGCUUUUGCUGAUCUGAAGAGGGUUUCUUAUAUCCGAAUUGCUGACACCAACAUCACCUCCAUUCCCAAAGGUCUGCCCAGCUCUCUGUUUGAACUUCACUUGGAUGGUAACAAGAUCACCAAAGUGACUGCAGGCAGUCUGAAGGGCCUCAAGAACCUGUCCAAGCUGGGUCUGAGCCACAAUGAGAUCAGCGUGGUGGAGAACGGUUCUCUGGCCAACGUGCCUCACCUGAGGGAACUUCAUCUGGACAAUAACAUGCUGACUACGGUCCCGUCUGGCCUGCCAGACCACAAAUACAUCCAGGUGAUCUACCUUCACGCCAACAAGAUUGCUGCAGUGGGAACAGAGGACUUCUGCCCACCCGGCUAUAAUACAAAGAAGGCCAUGUACUCAGGCAUUAGCCUGUUCAGUAAUCCAGUGCCCUAUUGGGAGGUCCAGCCGAUCACCUUCCGCUGCGUCUUCGACCGCUCGGCCAUUCAACUGGGCAACUACAGAAAGAAAUAGAGCGUCCCUUCAGAUGGCUUAGUCACUGUUUUCAUCCCGCCCCUUCCUGUCUUACCUAAUCCUUUCAAGCACAUAAUUUAGUUUGAAUGUCUUAUCUCAGUUAACCCGAAAUAAACUACAAUUCCAUUUUCAACAGGCAGUUUACUGGACAGAUACCACACGAUGCUUUCAAAUAGCCAAAUGCAUAUCAUUAUUGUACUGAACAUACAUAUUGUGUUGAUAUAAGUGCAGAGGAGAGCAGAAAAUGUACGAUUUUGAAGAAAAUAAAAAUAAAGAAAGUAAAGCCAUGACCACUUAGAAUAUCCAAUAGUGCACAUCACCCGAAAUGAUCUUUUUUGAAGGUCCGUUUGGAUCUUCUGGACCUAAGCCAUGUUCUUCUAUGUUCUUCGCUGGCCUGCAGAGCGGGCAGCAAGGGGUUAACACAUGUCAGCCAGUGCCAAUAACAAGAGCUUGUAUGCUAGAAUGUACUCAGAUAUUACUUUCCGUGUUGCGCUAGUUCAGAUUGUGCUGUUAAAA